UAUCGAUGUACAACCUAGGAUAUGCCUGAUAACAUGGGUAUUUUUGCUUGGCAAUGACCUACUCAUACAGUAUGAUUCCUCAUUGUUACAAUCUGCGAGCGUUACGUUGGUGGCGCCUCCUUUGGGCAGUAAAGUAAAAGUUAUGCAUCCGUUGAUGGAUCUGCGGUACCUAGCUUGUCCUCCCUUAUCCUCCGGCUUAGCUCUCCAAACGUCAACCCAAGCUCCCAACCACCGGCAAGAGUAACUAACGUCUCCGUCUCUGAUCUCUCGAACAUGUUCUCCUUCUUGUCAAAACAUACCUUUCUGUUACGUCCCUGUCACACUUUUCUAGUUGGGAGUCCAAUGUGUAUCGUCUAAUUGUCUCUUUAUGUUCCAAGCUCCACCCGAGGUCGUCAUCAGAAGCUGUGUCAGCCGCACUCCACAGUAAAGAUCAUGGUUCUCAAUACGCUCACGGUAGCCUCUUCUGUUACUCCAACUGUGAUUGAAACUUACUUUAGUCAUUACCUCAAUCGCAAGCCCCUGCGCCAAAAGCCCACGGCUCACAUUUCAUAUCACGAAGGCCUCGAGCUCAUUCGCCGCUUUCUACAUCAUGCAUCUUUUCAUACCGUCGAAGAGAUUCAGGCUUUUACGCAGCAAUGGGUGCCCGUACCGCAUUGGAUUCAAACCGAUACAGUCGAGAUCUCAGCUGAAAAGCUAUCGAAAGCUGCAGAGUUGCUAUGCGCCCAGCUUGGCCCAGAAGGCAUCGAACAAGUCGGAGGCAAGAACUGGUGGCAAUGGCGCCGUGAUGGCAAUCCAUUGAAGGCUGAGUGGAUCGAGAUGCGCAAAGACGCUACUGCGAGGAGAAAGAGCUCAAAACCUCACGGAACUCGAAUCAUGAUGUAUGUGCAUGGUGGAGCAUACUAUUUUGGCAGUGUAGAUGAGCACAGAUAUCAGAUGCAGCGGCAUGCAAGAAAGCUCAAGGCGAGAGUCUUGGCACCGAGAUACCGACUCGCACCUCAGUUCCCUUUCCCUUGUGGGUUGCAAGACGCCAUUGCCACGUACUUGUAUCUUCUUGUAGAACACGAUCCUUCCACUAUCAUCUUGGGCGGGGACUCUGCAGGUGGAGGUAUGGUCUUGAGCAUGCUCGUCACUCUACGAGACCAAGGUAUACCACUACCGGCUGGAGCAAUACUCUUGUCACCAUGGGUGGAUCUGACACACUCAUUCCCAAGUCUUGGUGGAGAUGGCAAGUUUGAUUACAUCCCUGCGCAUGGCUUCGUCCACAAGCCUUCCUUGGCUUGGCCACCUCCUAACAGCGACGACUUGAAAGCGCUAGAGAAGGGUGCAGUAGACCCUAAGAAGGGGGCUGCAUCAAAACCCGCGGACGGAGAAGACAAGAGGGAACAAAAAGAAGCCGAGAGGCAGGAAAAAAAGGAUCGCACUCGCGGCUACUCGGUCAAUGAAUCCUCCCAGAAUGUGAGCGACCCACGUGCUGCCGCCUUUGACAAUCACACCCCGGCGGUUGUUACUGAACCUACUCCCAACGCACCGCUAAGCAUUUCCAUCGAUGGAAAAGUCGUCGAGAUCAAAGAUCAGAUUCAGAUGUAUGCUGCGAACCAUCUCAUCAACCAUCCGUUGGUGUCACCCGUUCUACAGCCAACAUUGGGCGGUCUCCCACCGCUACUCGUCCAGGUCGGCGGAGGAGAGCUACUUCGUGACGAACAGUUGUAUCUCGCGCACAAGGCAGCUGCCCCUUUGAAAUAUGUUCCUGCACCAAAUCCACAUAUGUCAGCAGAGUGGAUACAGGAAAACCUGGCAAAGUACCGGUCAACACUAGUUCAGCUACAGCUGUGGGAUGACUUGUGCCACGUCGCGCCAACACUGAGCUUCACGCGGCCUGCGAAGUACAUGUAUAGGAGUAUUGCACAAUUUGGUGCUUGGGUGCUCGCUCGAGCACAGCAGACGUCGAUCGACAUCAUGGACGAUUCUUCCAUUUCUGUAAUCAGUACGAGCACCUCAGACGAGCAUUCAUCUGGAGAUGACGGAGAGCAUGUGAAGAAGCCUACAGAGGCGCAAAACGUUGAAAUCAUUGCCUCUGCGGGCCUAGAUCCCCGACCGGACCACGUGGGAAGAGCAGGAGAUCCCCUGCCACCGUUUGAGAGGCAUAUGAUCCGCCAACGUAUCGAUCGUAAUGGUCUGAUAUAUCCACUACCUCCUGCUUCUGAAAUUCCAGCUUUACAGCUAGAGUCGUCCGAGAUCGGACGCAUCAAAGAAGGGCCAGUGAGAAAAUGGAUGGGAGCGCAGGAGAAGUGGACAAAGAAAUUUGCUCGACAAAAGCUCAACGUGCAAAAGAAGCGGUUGCAGGCUAUGGCCAAGGGAUUCGAACGAUUUGAAGGAGAGCAACCUCCUCCUACCGCACUUGCUGGUAGACGUGCGAAGGGCAUGGACAAGCCAGCGAAGAAUAAACGCAGUAUGGGCAUGUCACUUUGGAGCUUAUGGGGCAGCAAACACGACGAGACCACCAUCGAGCACGAAGAAAAGGCUGACAUGGACGGAGUUCCCACUAUUCCAGAAGAUGGCGCCAAUGGUGGCGGCGGUACUGUCGCAAACUCGACAGGCAAGUCAGCAGCACGCAAUAAGUCUCGCUCUAAGUCCCGCCCUCGUCGCCCUAAGAUUGGCGCGAGUGUCGGAUCGCAUCGCUCUAACGUGACAGAUCAAGGCCAGGGUAACGAGGGGAGCGAUGGACAAAUGGUAGCCGUGCAGAAUACUCCCUCACACCUUUCUCCGUCUGGUUCGCCCAACGCGUUUCCUGCGAUAUCUCCUCUCCCAAGUAACGGACCCGUGGUACCUGGCACUGACACAGUUGUCCCUGACAGCAACACACUCAGUACUCGACCGACCAGGGAAGGCGUCGCAUACCCGUUCAAACUCAGGCUUGCAAAAGAUGGCGAGCCCGUAAAUGCGAGCACGUUGACAUUACAGAGCGUCCAGCCACUGGACGAGAAGAAAAACCCUAGCGCGUCUUCUCCACCAGCUGAGUCUUCAGCUUUCACGGAUCCGGAAGAGCAAAAGGUCAUACCCAUUACUGCUGGAGCUAUGCAAUGCACUACGGAGAAGGAGAACGAGGCUCCAGAGAGACCUCAACCAGAGAGGUUCGUUACCGCGCGUGAAAUAUAGACGCUAACGAAAAAGAAAUAUCAUCAUAAGUUAUAGGAUGGUGAGAUGAAAGGUUGGCUCCUGGAGGGCCGCUACACAUCUGUAUAUACCAGAUCAAGAAUAUAAUACUGAAUGCAUAAGUGUUCCCAUGUUCACUACUUGGACUAUCAGGGAUGCUCUGAGGACUAAUCUUGAUGUUGGAUUCGAAGGCUGUGGCAAGGUACAACUCACGUAGGUAAGAAUCCCAGCUCUGUAACUAUUUUGCAUUCG